AAGAACCUCUAAUGCUGAUAUUCUACCACAAAGGAAAAAUUCCAUUUUUUAGUAAUACUGUUUAAUAUAAACCAAGUACAUAAAGCCAUAUCUACUGUAUUGUCAUUUGAUAACUUAAAAGUACUAAUAACAUUGUGACUACUUACAUUUCUACAAACACAUAUUUUGGUCGAAAGUCUUCUGAGAAGUUGAAUGCAUUAGAAUAUAAUGAUAGAUAAACAUUUAUUUGCAUGUAAAACUUUUACUCACUAGCUUUUACUAUUGUUUCACUCUCAUUUACAACCUCAUAGGCUAAAUUAACCCCUAAUGAAACAUUUUCUUGAUAUUAAUAACAUACGUCUAUAUCUGAAGUUUACCGACACAUUUUCUAACAAUUGCUUUGGAUUGUUUUUUGAGGUUUUUAUAUUCCACAAAUGAGUGUCUAAACAAAUACAGUUUAACAACAUACAUUGAAAGAGAAUUUGAAAUAUCUAAAUAAUGACUCCAUAGUUAAUAGAAUAUUUGACUAUUAGUAAUCUUGAUAUAUAAAUGUGGUUGUUAGUGACUCCUAACCAUUUAUGGGUCAUGGUGGCCCCCUUAUUAAACUGAAAAACAGUCUAGAAAUGUAACUCUCCACUGAAGGCUGACAACGCACUAUUCUGAAGGCUUUCAUCUUUAUCCCGAGUAAGGGUUACUUCCUCAUAACUUGUUAAUGGAUAAGUUUUUAAGGGUUACUAACAUGUAUUAUUUAUAACAUAAAACUAUUAUUACUAAAAUUUAUGAGGCCUUGGAGUCAGCAUUCUACCAAGUAUGUGGUAAUACUGCAAAACUAAUUAUGCUUGAGAUAUAGUGAAAAGGUUGAAUUUCCUGCAAUUUUAGUGGGGAGCACUUUAAUAGGGUAUUAAUCUUGUGAAUUGUUUAUGGUUUUCAAUUGCUGCUACUCAAUUUAUUUUUGUCAAUUUAUUCUUUAAUAUUUUAUUUCACUUAUAUUUUUUAUUUUAUAAUAUCAACUUUUAUUACAGAUUAAAAGGUGCAUGCAUGGGUUUCUUACAUGGGUAUAUGGCCUGACACUAAGGAUUGAGGUAUAAAUGAUCUCAUCAGCCAGGUAGUGAGCAUAGUACUUAAUGGUAUCAUUUAUAUUUGAUUGUCGUUUUGUUUCAGACUUUGCAGGUUUUCUGCAUUGCAUUUUUCUUCCUUUGGAAAAGUAGGAGGAGGGUUUGGAGUUAUUUUGUCCUAAGAAAUAAAGCGUGAGGAAAAUUGUUGUAAAAAGUUAGCCAGAUUACUCAGUUACUUUAGAAUACAUUAAUUUUCUAAUAUUACAGGUCCAAAACCAUACUGGAGUAAGUCUGUUUUUAUUCAGUUUCUCCUCUUGAUCUAUAAAUUACUUUAGAGUAAUCUGCUCAGAAGCUUUACUUGAUGUCAGAGUUACACUUAAUCCCACUUAAAAACCAUGAGAAAAGAUAGAAAAAAAGUAUAGCUAUGUAGAGAUACCAUUGCCAUUGAUAACAUUCUGAUACUGUAGUUUCUUUUAUGAUUUUUGUUACAAAACUACAAGUAUAUUUUCUACUGGUUCUCGAAGGUACCUAAGAAAUACCAUUAGCACAUGGAGUAUUUCUCCUAAUAGAUGAUACUUAGUCAGAAAUCAAAUUGGAUAGAGUUCACUCGUGGUAGUAAGUUCUAUUAAGAUAGAAAGCUACAAUAGGUAGAAAGUUUUCUGUUGAGGCCUCUAUGAAAAACCCUUUUGAAAAUGAAUACAUUUCGAUUUAAACAAUACAGAGAAGUCAAAAUGGACACAAUCAUCUUGUGGAGUCUCCUAUUGCUGUUUUUUGGAAGUCAAGCCUCAAGACCCUCAGCUAAAAAAAAUACCGAAUUUGCUGUGGAUCUUUAUCAAGAGGUUUCCUUAUCUCAUAAGAACAACAUUAUAUUUUCACCCCUUGGAAUAACUUUGAUUCUUGAAAUGGUACAAAUGGGAGCCAAAGGAAAAGCACAGCAGCAGAUAAGACAAACUUUAAAACAACAGGAAACCUCAGCUGGGGAAGAAUUUUUCGAACUGAAGUCAUUUUUCUCUGCCAUCUCAGAAAAAAAACAGGAAUUUACAUUUAAUCUUGCCAAUGCCCUCUACCUUCAAGAAGGAUUCACUGUGAAAGAACAGUAUCUCCAUAGCAACAAGGAAUUUUUUCAGAGUGCUAUAAAACUGGUGGAUUUUCAAGAUGCGAAAGCUUGUGCAGAGAUGAUAAGUACCUGGGUAGAAAGCAAAACAGAUGGAAAAAUUAAAGACAUGUUUUCAGGGGAAGAAUUUGGCCCUCUGACUCGGCUUGUCCUGGUGAAUGCUAUUUAUUUCAAAGGAGAUUGGAAACAGAAAUUCAGAAAAGAGGACACACAGCUGAUAAAUUUUACUAAGAAAAAUGGUUCAACUGUUAGAAUUCCAAUGAUGAAGGCUCUUCUGAGAACAAAAUAUGGUUAUUUUUCUGAAUCUUCCAUGAACUACCAAGUUUUAGAAUUGCCUUAUAAAGGUGAUGAAUUUAGUUUAAUUAUCAUACUUCCUGCAGAAGGUAUGAAUAUAGAAGAAGUAGAAAAACUGAUUACUGCUCAACAAAUUCUAAAAUGGCUUUCUGAGAUGCAAGAAGAGGAAGUGGAAAUAAGCCUCCCUAGAUUUAAAGUAGAACAAAAAGUAGACUUCAAAGAUGUUUUGUAUUCUUUGAACAUAACUGAGAUAUUUAGUGGUGGCUGCGACCUUUCUGGAAUAACAGAUUCAUCUGAAGUAUAUGUUUCUCAAGUCAUGCAAAAAGUUUUCUUUGAGAUAAAUGAGGAUGGCAGUGAAGCUGCAACAUCAACUGGUAUACACAUCCCUGUGAUCAUGAGUCUGGCUCGAAACCAAUUUACAGCAAAUCAUCCAUUUCUGUUCAUUAUGAAGCAUAACCCAACAGAAUCAAUUUUGUUUAUGGGAAGAGUGACGAAUCCUGACACCCAAGAGAUGAAAGGAAGAGAUUUAGAUUCACUGUGAAUGAAAAGCACAGCCUCAGAAUAAACGAUGAUUUCUGGAAAAUAGUUGAUUGGCAAAAUAUCCUCAUCUUGACAAUAUUUGCUCUACAUCUUAUUUCUUUUCUGUUUUAAACUGUGCCUGUAAUAAUAGAGAUCUGUCUUGAUGAAUAAGUAAAAUUAGGUAUGCAUUUGUUUC